AUUUAUACACACUUUUCAUAGUGACGGGUUGCCAAGUCCCUUUUGUUAUGAGUAUAACAAAUAUGUUUAUUUCAACGCUAAUAAACAUAUCGUACUUUAUUCACCAUGUAAUGCAUAACUACAUUAUAGUAUAAUAACUGUUUUAUAUAGUGUAUUAUACAUAAUUUUAAAACGACGACAUUCAUUAUUAUAACCAGCUCUAUUAAUCUAACAGAACUGAUUUGUCGGUCAUUCUUGGCAAUACUUGGCAACCCGAUAGUGUCUUUGAAUCCGCGCGCGGGAAUAACUACACAGCCACAGUGAGCAGGGGAGCUCGAGAAACUGUAUGUAAACUAAACUAAAAUAUAACAUUGUGAGUGAUCAAAUCGAUCGUUAGCUUUGUUUAUCAUGAGGCUGUAAGCGUUUUAGGCAAUUGCUUAUCCCGAGAGGCUGGUUAUUUGAGCGCGUGAGAUUUGUAAACAAUGAAAUCCGCUAAGAACGCUAAAGUGAGACCCGCAGCAUCAGCUAAAGAAGAAGAGUGUGGAAUAUGGCUCGACACAAAAGAGUUAAAAGAAAAGAAACAACAGAAACAGCAGACACGUCCAAUAUCCACAUUACUGAACCCACUGGCGAGAUCAGGGGGAUACAGUGUGGCAGUCGCCCUCAGUUUCACUCAGACCAAACUCAACAUGCCUGUCACUAGACAAAGCACUAUAUCAACCUUCUUUUCACCCAAAUCCAGAGACCUUCCCCCGAGUGCUGGUGCGUCCAGUUCCAUGCACACAGAGGCACACACCGGAGCCAAACGGAAACACGAUUUCAUUUUGGAGCCAUCUACAGAGCCAGCCAGUCAAACAUCUGAUGUGUACUGUGAUGAAGGUUUUGAAAGACUGUCGGCCAAGGACAAAAAAGAACAGUCUUUUCUCCAUUUAAUAUGUGGUACUAAUCCAGAAGAAGAGGAACCGCCUCAAAAAAAGAGACAUGUUGUCCAUUAUGCAGAAAAUGUGUCAGAGACGCAAGAAUGUUGCAAAAAAGAAACUUCAAAUGAAUAUACAAAUCAGACGGUUCCUGAAACUGAGACCUUCUUUUGCAAGGAUAUGGUGGUCUGGAAGCCCUUUGAAGAUGCACAUAGGCAUUUCCUUAAGUCUCCAGAUCCUAAACACGCGAACAAACAUGGUUUACGAGAUCAGAAGGCCUCAGUUAAGGGCUCUAUCUUAACUUCUAGGCCUGUCAAUGAGAACCACAAGAGAUUGAGUGCUUCUGUGAAUAUCGAUAAAAGUCAGGAGCAGUCUUGGCAUAAGAAUAAAGCAUCACCCAUGAAACGGAUUGGGAAGGAGAAUAGGUGGUCUCCAUCACCUAUUAAAAGUCCAACGUGGCAUUUUAAACACUGUCUAAUUACCAGUCCAGCUAAAUGCAGGUUGAAGGAGAAAUGCACUUUUUCCCCAAAAAAGUUACGUGUGGAACCUGCAGACACAGAGAUGGUUGGAGAACCCCUUUCUACGUUGUUCACUCAGGACUCGGAGGGCUUCUGUGUGAUUGCUCACCGUGAGCAGCACUUAAAGAGCCCACUAAUAGACCGGAGCAAUUUAUUUGUGGGCACAGGUGACGGGAAUAAUCCAUCUGCUGCUUCUUUAGAAAAAGAGGAGGAGGAAUCCGAUCUAGAGCCAGAGAUGCUCUUCACCCAAGACUCAGAGGGAAACACGGUCAUCAAGCAUUAGCCAGAAACAGAUGCUAAAUACCACAAAACAACAGAACACUGUUUUUUUUAAUUAUUAUUAUUUUAGAUUUUCUUUAAAGCUCUUGAUGUUUUUAAAGCUGUAAUUAAAUAUUUGACACUUGAAAUGAGCAUCCAAUAAUAAAAAAAUCAUUUUGUACAAUAAACCCCAAAAAUGAUGUUUGUUAUUAAAUAUUUUAUAAAUAGUCAUUGCUUGCCAGCAGAUGGCACCAUGAAGCUUUUACUGUCUGUGUGUGGUGAAUUACUUCAGCCCUGCUUGUAGAAUCUGUGUAUUUUAAAGUAGGACACAAUAUGUGACACGUUAAACAUUUAUACCAGCCGAGUACAUGUAAGUUUAAAAGCUCCAUCAUUUUUAAUUAAUUUAUGUUUUGUAUUGCUUUAAACGACCAGCAUGGAGCAAGGUGAAUGCUUCACAUUCUGUUCGCGUUUGCCAAGCUGAUGAUUCCCCAUUGCUGCUCUGUUUAAAUUUGCUGUCAGGGAAAGAAUCUAUGAGUUUCAUUAAAGAGACAAGUGCUGGCAAAAUCACUAAUUUUUCAUGCAUUUAUAAUAAAUGCCAUAGACUCCCAAAUGUAAUGAUUCCCCUGCGAGGGACCCCUUCCUAAAAUAGAAGUGCAGUUUGCUAUAAUUAAUAUCUUAUGUGCACAUUUUGACUGACAGCUCUAAUUUUUUAACAA